GUUUUGUUUACAAACAAUGUUUUGAAGACUCAUUGAAGUGAUGGCUAAACCAAGAAGUGGUCACUUUUGGCCACAUUUCCACAGUUGGCGACAAUUGAGUGGCGAAAGGGCUCAUUUGGCACUCAAGAGUGAGUUAUCACUGAAUCUCUACCAAUCGAUGGCCACCCGAAAGGAGUACAUUUGGGACAGUAGUGCGGGUGCGGGCUAUGCCUGUAGUUCCCAUUCUGGGGCCAUAUUUAACGUGGAGUACAGUGCGGACGGGCGGACAUUAGUGGCGGCCACAGAAAACCGCAAAGUAUUGAUAUUCAAUGCCAAUACUCAUGAGUUGUGUAAAGAGAUCCCGGCCGCACACAAAUCGUGUGUAAAUUUAGUGAAAUUUCUGGACUCAAGAACUUUUGUCACGUGUUCUGAUGACUGCACUCUUGCCGUUUGGGAUCUCAGGAAUUGUGGCCAAAAAGUCAAGUCAUUGAAAGGACACCGAAAUUGGGUGAAGAGUAUUGAAUACGACAGCUCUCAGGGGGUACUCCUGUCGGCCGCUUACGACCAGACGGUUCUCAAGUGGGAUAUCAAUAGCUCUUCGAGUUGUCCACAGAAUGUCCUCCAAAUCAAGAAUAUGUUGCGAAUGGUGUUGAGUCCGGACUCAACCAAAAUGAUUAUAUCGACGGCUGACGGAUAUCUCCUAAUAAUACAUGACUUGGAUUUGAAUCAUUUGGCUGAAGAUCUGAGAGAUUUUGUGCCCGAUUUGUACCGUAUUAUGCAAGAAGACUGCAGCUAUGGUAUAGACAUGGGUUCGUGGGUUAACCCACUUUUCACUUCACACAGAAAUCGCGUCGAAUUGAUCUCAGAUUUUCCAGAAAUGGACAAAAACGGAUACAUCACUACAUUAGAUGUCCAUCCGUUUGGUUGGGCUGUGCUCUCGAGGAAUACGGCGGCCAAUGAGUUGUCUGAGUGGACGUGUGUUCACGAUAUUAUGGCUUCAGAUAAACCGUUGGAAUUAAAGCCAAUCAAAAGACCCCAAAAUUGCAAUGGUUUGAGACCAAAGUCAAGCGCACAGUCGUCUACUUUAAGUGAUUCUCGUGACAAUAGCAGUGAUUUGUCACAACUUUCAGACAGUUCUGUAAUAGUAAUCAGUAAUCAGAUCGGAUCCACACAACCGCACACAACACUUGUCCGCCAAUCCAAACGCUGUUCCCAAAGCAAUCAAAACGAUGCCAUUUAUGUCUAUAAAAACAGUCCGCGACUCAAGUAUUAUAUCGAAGAACUCAAUGAAAGCCAGGGAUUCAUCAAAGAGUUGUGUUUCAGUGGCGACGGAAGAGUUGUCUGCUCUCCCUAUCAGUUCGGCUAUCGGUUGCUCUCAUUUGACUCCAAGUGCUCUGAGAUGUCUGAUUGUGUCUCAAAUGAGCCCAAAGUGUUGUAUGAAUUGAAGCGAAGUCUAUGUCAUCCGGACUCUGUUGUCACCACUAAGUUCUCUCCAACGCAUUGCCAAAUCGCUUCCGGAUGUCUGAAAGGCCGCGUUGUCUUCAGUCAACCCAUACUCUGACACUUAUUCUCAAUCAUUACUAUUGUUUUGUAAAUAAACUUUUAAUUUGGGAUCAUUUUACUGUAUUUAACAUAAUUAAUAGCCAUGCUCAUUUAUUAUAAACUGUAUUAAUGUAGUUGUACCCUAAAUUGUGACUGAAUAUAUUGUAAAAAGUUUGCCAAUGAGACCAUACAGUAAGGGCUGGCAAGUGAGUGACCACUUUAACAAAUAGUUGCUUCAAAUUUGCUUGCUCAUUAAAUACAGGUGUGCACAAAUGUCAUGGUGC